ACUGCUAUAACAUCCGGUAAUACAGACGAAACAACGAAAAGUAGAAGACUCAUUGACUGUUAUUUCCCUACACAUUCUUAUACAAACAGAUCUAGUCUAGAAACCUAUAAUAUUUUCAUGGCUUGCACAUUAGGGCUUGAUGAAUAAAAUGUCUUAUACAGGUUAUCAGACUGCAUUGAAUGAAACAUACUCUUCCUACAAUCAGCAGUAUGAUUCUAGCCACUAUAAUAAUGAACCUCAAACUGGACAGUACCCAUUAUCCUCUUCUGGACAGUAUGAUUAUGGAUACUCAACUGACCCAUAUUCCCAGUCAUCAGCCCCGCCCUCCGUGACUUACACUCCAUAUGUUACCACCACCCAACCUACAAGCUACCCUCCUUUCUCAUAUAACCAAGAAGUUGAAAAAGUGGAACAACCACCUCAAGUCUCUGCUCCAUACAACAGUUCCAUGGGUGGAUUUCAAAUAGAGCCUUCGAACUAUCUUGAAAAUCCUCCCCAACAAAAUAAUCUCACAACUACUGAGUUUACUCAGUAUCCAUAUCAACGAAGUGACUAUGCACAGCCUCCUCGGUCAUUUCAGAAUCCUCCAACACAAACAGAACCAUAUAGCAACAGAUAUGAUUACCAAGAAACCUCUUAUAAGCCACCUGGCUGGAAUCGUGAAGAUCAGUUUAAUGACCCUUCCUAUUCAUCAGGUGCUUAUUUUGAGGGAGUGACAAAAGAUGCUGAUUAUGGACAAAAAAGAAAAGGAUCCUAUGAAAAUAGAGAGUUCAUUCCAUCUGACAGUUAUUCCAAAGUCAAUGACAGCUAUUUACAAAACAAUACAUAUUCUGGCAAUGGACUACUAAAUAUUGAAUUUCAACAGCCAGAUGUUGUGCCUCUUAAUAGACACCAAGAAUAUCCUGACUAUACUGGUUCUGUCAAUUCUAAAUUUACUCCAAUGUCAGAUAGAGUAGGCAGAAAUUUUGAACAAAACUAUACACCUGGAAGAGGAGGAAGCUUUAACAACUUGAAAUAUCAAAGACGAAACAUUAGUGGCAAUAUGCAGGAUAUAUUGCAUGAUGAUAUUAAUAUAGGGAACAUGAGAAACAACCAGUAUUGUGAUGAAGGAAAUGGUCCAGACAAUGUGGUGUAUUCUACACCAAUCCCUCAGAAUAUGGGCAAUUUUAGAAACUCUGGAUCCCAUAUACAUUCUAAAAGAGGAGCCCGUGGACAAUCCGGACGGAUGACAAGUUCUAGAGGUUUGGGAAAACAUCAAAAUACUAAUAAAAAAGUCUUUGAUGCUCGAAAUCGUUUAAAUGAAGUUAGAUCUUUAGCAGCUGUUGCAGGUAAAACAAAUAAUAAACAGACCAAAAAUAAAAAUACUCCAAAAGUCAAGCAAGAGGUGUUUAAAACUCCAUCCCGUCCACAAGAUAGAUUGUUGAAUGAAAUUGCUGAAAAAGAAUUGGCAAAGAAUCAAGGAAAAGUAAAGGCAGAAGAAAAGCUUAAAAUUUCUGAAGUUGAAAAAAAUAAAAUAUCAGCUUUAGAACAGUUUAAAAAUGAAGAAGAGAUGAGGAAAAAGUUGGCAGAUGAAGCAGUUAAAGCGGCACCCCCAAGUAAACCUCCAGAAACCCCUGAAGAAAUAGCUAGAGAGGAAGAAAUUCAAAGAAAGAUUCGUGAAUCUGUGGUUAUUAUAAAACCUGAACAGGAAAUUGCACUUUUAAAAGAUGACCCAAGCAGAGAUGUUGAAAUGCCUGAAGAGCUAAGAGUUUUACUGAAAACGUUGACCACUGAUUAUCUUUGUAAACUUUGCAGUGUGCGCAUAGUAGGUCCACACAUGGCUGCGAUGCACUACAAUGGAAAAAACCAUCUUAAAAAACUGAGAAACUUUGUUCAGACAAAUGGGCGCUCUGCAGGUUUUAAUAUGGAAACAAUAGAACAAACAGAUGAUUCAAAUAAAGAAACUUCCAAAGGUGCUGAAUCAAAAAAGGAAAUUGUAGAAAUAACGGAUAUAGACGAAAACAAAUACUGUAAAGUGUGUAAGGUAUCAUUUUCUCAAGAUAGCCAAGCUGAGAUGCACUACAAGGGAAAAAAUCAUGCCAAGAAACUCAGAAAUAUUGGCGCUUCAAAUGGACCUGAUGUAUUUGAGUGCAAAAUUUGUUGUGUAACUGUAACUGCCCAAGAGCAUUUAACAGCUCACCUUAAUGGUGCACGUCAUAAGCUUCAGGUCAGAAAACUAGACAGCAACGAGAAUUUUAGAGGAAAUUUUCGAGGUAGGGGCAGGGGAGGACUUGGAUCUUGGACUAAAGGUAAAAGACCAAAAACAGAGGAAAAUGAAAGUGGGGGCUGGAAACAGCCUCUAGAACCUCCCCAGAGAGGCAGAGGGAUGAGAGGAAGAGCUCAUUUCCGUGGUGGUAAUCGAGGAAGAGGCCUUAGUGAAGGUUUCAAGCAACAGGGUGCUCCCAUUGAUGGAGGACUUCAGUUUCCUGAAUUUGAUGGUCCAUCUUUCAAUAAACGCAGACGGUUUUAAAAUUUAAUCAUGGUUGCUGUUUCAUUUGAUUAAUAGGGAAAUUCAGUACACAAAAGACGCCAUUAAUACAUUUGAAAACGUUUCAUUUAAAAAUCACAGUUGCAGUUUGUAAUUUUAAUUUAAGAAUAUUUUUACAUUUUUGUGAUGUUUAUCAGAAACUAUUUAAAUUUAUUUUGUAAAUUUUUUUUUUUUUUGUAAAGUUUUGAUUGAACUUUUAAUUGGAUCAUGAAAUAUUUCAAACAAAUUACGAAAUAUCCUUUUAAAUCCAGCUUUUUUAAAUCAUUUUUUACUAGCAAUGACAAAUGUAGUGCUUGGUUUCUAAGCAAAACUCAUUUAAUUUAUUAAUUGUGCAAAAAAAAUAAUUGAAAUAAUUAUUUUAAAAAUAUUGUUUUAAGCUUUAUUAUAUCUAUAUGUAAAACGGAAAUUGUUGAGUAAACACCUAUUUUAUUAUAGCUUUUAAAUUUUAAAAAAUAACGUACCAAAACAUUUUAUUAUAUAAUAAAAUAUGUGAAUUUUGAGAGAUUAUAUUGAUGAAUUUCUAAAUAUCUUUCAGUAUUAUUAUUUGAUGAAUUUGUCAAUGACUUGAAUUACCACAGUACAUGUCCCUGUAAAAAAAACAUUGACUUAACUAACAACUUAUUUCUGAUAAUAAAUGUGAAUGUUGUAUGUAAAUUCCUGGAGAUUAUACCCAAUCUUUGUGACUUUGAUUUGCAGAGUGUAGACAUAGGGCUUCUGGUUGUAGAGGAUAUUUUAUGACUAAAAAACAUGAGGGUUCAGUUUUUUCUCAUGUGGUAAACAAAAUACCCCUGGAAAUAAAGACAAAACAAAGUAAACUUGGUGUCUACUUAAGUCUCAUUUUCUUAUUGCUGAAUGUCGUUUUAAUUUAAUAGAGUUUUUUUUUUUUGCUAGUUUUGGUUAUAUUUUAAAAUAGUGCAAGUUUUUAACUAACAACACAAGUUGCCUAUUUAUUAUCAUUACAUUUUCUCCUAUUUCAUAUUUAGCAUUCAACUAACUAUAGGCCUAUAUUUCCUGAAAAUGUUGCACUUAAAUUUAAAACAAAUCUUACAGUCCAACCAUUGGUUAUUAAUUUUAAAAUGAAAGAGAGAUAAAACAU